AACAGAAUAUUGUUUAGAGAUGGGCUCAUUUCAACCUACUUUCACCUUAAAUUCGAUCGUGUAGAAAUUUUGUCAUUUUUGACUUUGAGCCAUGGAAUACGUUUAAGCUUUCGUCAGUUGAAAAGAAUACUGAGAAAUCAAGGUCUAUUUCGAAGACGAAAUUAUAGCAACCCACAUGAGAUUGAAACUGGGAUUGUAAUUGGGAAAUUUGUAGAAGUGGGAGUUCCAUUGGCUAUAGAUUAAUGCACCACAAACUCAGAAAUGAUUAUGACCUUGCUGUUGACAAGGAAACUGUGCGCCUUAUUCUUAAAACCCUGGAUCCAAAAGGUUUUGAAAGAAGACCCAGAAGGCGUUUAAGAGGUAGGAAGUACUAUGCCAAAGGACCAAAUUACAUUUGGCAUAUAGGUGGAUAUGAUGAGCUAAAACCCUUCGGUUUUUGUAUUCAUGGUGCAAUAGAUGGAUACAUGCACAGUCGCCGCAUUUUGUGGCUUGAAGCCAGUAUCACUAACAAUGAUCCCAGCGUCAUAGCGGAGUACUAUUGUGACUGCAUAAAACAAGUGAGAGGUGCUCCGAGAAUUGUCCGCGCCGAUGAAGGUACGGAGAACUGCAAUGUUGCUGGAAUUCAAUGCUUUUUCAGAAGGAUUGGCAUUGAUUCCUUCGCGGGCGAUGAGAGCUUUAAUUUAUGUAUGGACGUUCAGUUUCCAAUCAAAGGAUUGAAGCUUGGUGGUCUUUUCUACGUAAAACUGAGUCUGAUUGGUAGAUCAAACUCUUCAAGGAUGCUCGGGACGCGGGCACAUAUUGCGACAGUAAUCCAAUCCAUGUGGAAUGCCCGAAAUUCUGUUUCAUGCACUUAA